CAUAAGAAUAACUUUCAACCCAGCAGAAUGACUGAAAGGCUACCUUUCCAGAGCUUGCAAGUUGCUCCAAGCCUCAGACCAGGUUGAAGUGUACACUUGAAAUUUCAAGGAAUCGCCAACACAGCCCAAGUUUACUAUGUCGACCACCAAAUCUCUCCGCAUCACCAUCUUGGGUGGCGGUAUAGCCGGCCUGACAACAGCGUUAUCCCUCACGAAGUUCGCCCCCCCCGACUCUCCACCACCUUUUAUCACAAUCUACGAAAUCCGCCCCCAACCCGCAACGAUCGGCGGCGCUGUAAACCUGACUCCUAAUGCACUCCGUCUCCUCUCCCAUCUAGGCGCCCUCCAGGAAAUCUGCUCCUCAAACUACGGCGCUGAAUGUCCCGCCGUCGAAGUCUUCGACAUCUACUCCGGCACCAAGAUCGCAGAAUCCAGUUUCCGCGGCCCAGAUGGCAAAGGACUCGGCACACCCCCCUUCACAGCGCUCCGCAUAACGCGCGGAGAAGCUCUACAAGGCGUCCUGGCCGCAAUCGCCAAACACCCCAACAUCACCCUCACAUGCGGCAAAAAGACGACCAAUAUUCACGAAACAGAAACAGAUGUGACCCUCACCUUCGCCGACGGCACUUCCUCGACCUCAGACAUCCUAAUCGGCUGCGACGGCAUCCACAGCGUCACACGCCUGACCCAUGUCGAGCCCUCACGGACAGCAACAUACUCCGGUAUCUGCAACGCCUUCGGCUUUGCCCCGCUCAGACCGCAUCAAAAACCACACUUCGAAGCCUCAGGCAUGAACUUCGCGCGCGGCGGCAUGCUGCUAACCUCCUAUCACAGCUCUUCCAAAGACUCGAUCUACGUCGGCGCGCUGAUGCAAGUCCCUGACGACGGUCUGCAGUCGCGCGACGGGUGGAAGGCAAGGGGUGCGGAUGCGGAGAAGACGCGGCAGGAUAUGCUGCAGAGGUAUGCCGGCGCGAAGGAACCAGCGAUUGAGGAGUGGAUCAAGGAUGCACAGGAUUUGUACUUGUGGCCUGUUUUUACGCUAAGCAAGCAGGGGAAGUGGGCGACGGAGAGGGUUAUGCUGAUUGGGGAUUCGGCGCAUGCUAUGCCGCCGCAGGGAGAGAGCACGGGGAUUGUGUUUGAGGAUGGGGUGUUGUUUUCGAGGGUGCUGGCGAGGUGGAUGGAGAAGAGUGGGAAUGGAAGUGAUGGAACACCUGUCAACGAGGCGUUUGAUGCGUAUGAGACAUUGAGGCGGGCGAGGAUUGAGACGGCAUGGGAUGAAAGCCAGAGUGUGGUCAAGACGGUGCAGGAGGUGGGGUGGUUGGGGCACCGGCUCAAGAUGAAUAUUGUGCCGUGGUAUUUGUGGUGGACGAGAGGGUAUCGGGAGAAGCAUUUUGUGGAGGAUGUUACGACUUGUGAGAUUGGGUAUUGAUCGAGAUAGUAUCCUUGGAUAUGAUGGUUACUUCAUUGAGAACCUUUGUCGGGAC